GAAGUGUUUGGUUCGCAGCUCGCUCGCUCGUCCGUUCGUUUGUUUGUUCGUUUCGCUUCCCCGUUCGCGUUGUGGGCACCAAAAAUAAAACACAUUGAAAAUAGCCAAAAUGUAUUAAUAUCAAACACUUAUUUAAUGCCAACAUUUGUUUGUUUGCAACGUUUUUAAGUUACGCUCUCGGUAAGGCGUGUGUGUGUUAAAUUUGUUCGUCCGUUAAAUUUGAAAUUGCACAAGUGUUAGAAAACGUAUCAUGGGUCUAUCGGAUAUACCAGCCAACUACAUGCAACAACAGCCCAGCCAAAUGCUGCAGCAUCAUCUACAGCAGCAGCAACAUCAUCACAAUGCUGCCGCCGCGGCAGCUGCAGCAGCGGCUCAUGUUCUGGCCAUGGAGAAUAAUGAGCUGAUGAUGAGUCCCAAGGACAAAAUGUCCAGCAAAAAGAAAAUGCAUUUGCUGAAAAAGAUCAAGAAACGCUUUGGACUCGUUCGCCGCUCGCCCUCCUCCUGCCCGGGUCCCAACAAUCUGCCGCCUCUGCAAUUCCAUCAGGUGCAUGGCGACAACAUCCGGAUCUCGAGGGAUGGCACGCUGGCACGUCGCUUCGAGAGCUUCUGUCGGGCCAUCACAUUCUCAGCUCGUCCGGUGCGGAUCAAUGAGCGCAUCUGCGUGAAGUUCGCGGAGAUCUCGAACAAUUGGAAUGGCGGCAUACGCUUCGGUUUCACCAGCAACGAUCCCGCAACGCUGGAGGGUGCACUGCCCAAAUAUGCCUGCCCCGAUCUGACGAAUCGUCCCGGCUUCUGGGCCAAGGCGCUGCACGAACAGUACUGCGAGAAGGACAACAUUUUGUACUACUUUGUGAACAGUGCUGGCGAUGUCAUCUAUGGCAUCAACAACGAGGAGAAGGGCGUCAUUCUCUCAGGCAUCGAUACGCGUGCUCUGCUCUGGACUGUGAUCGACAUCUAUGGCAAUUGCACCGGCAUCGAGUUUCUCGACUCACGCAUUUACAUGUACCAACAGCAGCAGCAACAGUUGCCCGCUCCUCAGCAGCAGCAGUUGGCAUUGCAGCAGAUGCCAUUGCAACAGUUGCCUCCCCAGCAGCAGCAACAACAGCAGCAGCAUCUGCCACAGCAACCACUGUCGGCUCAUCAUCCGCUGCAGCAAUCGCGUCGCUCGCUGCCCGGUGGUGUUGUUGUCGACCACGAGCUGGAGCGUCAUGUGAUGCCAUCACUGCAGUCGCUGCACUUGGCGGGCACAGCAGCCGGAGCAGGCGCAGCGGGAAUUGCCGAGCAUGAUCUGGCUAACGGUUUACCGCCUUUGCGCUACAAUGCCAAUGGCCGCCUCAUCCCCGUGCCCUUCCACAUUACCAAGGGACGCAAUGUGCGUCUGUCGCACGAUCGCUUUGUGGCCUCGCGCACCGAGUCGGACUUCUGCCAGGGUUACGUGUUCACGGCGCGUCCCAUUCGCAUUGGCGAGAAGCUGAUUGUCCAGGUGCUGAAGACGGAACAGAUGUAUGUGGGCGCCUUGGCGCUGGGUUUGACGUCAUGCAAUCCGGCUGUGCUGCAGCCGAAUGAUUUGCCCAACGAUUCGGACUUUCUGCUCGAUCGCCCGGAGUAUUGGGUGGUCAGCAAGGAUAUUGCUGCGGCGCCGCAGCGUGGCGACGAGAUUGCCUUCUUUGUGGCCCCCAACGGUGAGGUGAGCAUCAGCAAGAACAAUGGACCCGCUGUCGUUGUGAUGCAUGUGGAUCAAUCGCUGCAAUUAUGGGCAUUCCUCGAUGUCUAUGGCUCGACGCAAUCGCUGCGCAUGUUCCGCCAGCAAUUGCCCAACAUGGUCGCCUAUCCCUCGCAGCCGCAGAUUAACGCUGGCGCCGCAGCAGCUGGCGUUGGAGUUGCUUCAGCAGCUGGUCCGUCCGCAAGUGGUUCACGUAUGCUGCCCAUGGCCGAGUCGCUGAACAGCUUGAAUGCCGCCCAGCUGGGCAAAAUGCAGCUGAAUGUGACGCAAUCGAAUGGCACCUUGGCCUCGGCAGCUGGCAACGGCAGCCGCAUGAUCAGCAUGCCCUCCAAUGGCGACAUCCUGCAGAUACAGCCUAAUGGCGGCGGCACCGUUCUCGUCGUCAAUCUGCCGCCAGCGAGCAGCUCGCAUGAUCUCAAUGGCCAGCUGAAUGGCAGGCAGACAAACUCGACGGCCGCAGCGACGGUGACGAGCAGUGGAAUCCUGGCAGGAGCCUGUUCCAGCGGCACCUUGAUCAGCACCACCAGCAGUCAGCAAUACAUUGAGCCCAUUGCACAGAGCACGAGCACGUUGAACGGCAGCAAGUGGAAGGACAGCUUGAGCGAUCAGCAGAGCACUGACUCGAGUGCCGAGUGCACCAUUUGCUACGAGAAUCCCAUUGAUUCGGUGCUCUACAUGUGCGGACACAUGUGCAUGUGCUACGACUGUGCCAUCGAGCAGUGGCGUGGUGUUGGCGGUGGUCAGUGUCCGCUUUGCCGAGCCGUUAUCCGCGAUGUCAUUCGCACCUACACCACAUAAAUGUGGCAAACCUAAAACCGGGAACAAAUCAAAACUCCCACUAACUCGUACUCCCAACUUCGCAAUCGAAUUAAGCAAUGGAAUUAACACAGGAGGAGAGAAGAGAAGCGCGCAAAGAAAAACAUCACAAGAGUACUCGUAGUAUUAGCAACUAUGUGUAGUUGAACCUGAAGACAAUUAACUGAUAGUUGAUAUCAAUAUUUUUGCAAAGAAAGAAUGAAAGACACACACACAAGAAUACACACACAGACACACACUAUGACUUGAUUUUAAGCAUUUAGCUCAUAGUAAUACUAUAUAGUAUAUAGAUAUAUAUUUAAUUUUUUUGUGAUUUUAUUGCUAAGUGCUGCGGCGACAAAGCCAAAACAAAAACAAAAGGAAAUUAUCAACAAAUUUUAUUCAAAAAUAUUUGACAUUUUUUUGAUCAAUGCAGUUAAUCGAACUUUAUGUAGUUAGAAACCAAAGUAUUUGUUUAGCUUGUAAUUUGCAUUUACAUUUUUUCAUUUUUCAAGAAAGUUGUUGCAAUUUUGCUUAGUUUUUCGUUAAAAUUAUGUCCAAAAAGAUUUCAAAUGAACUCAAUCAACCAUUAUCAUUAUUAUUAUUAUUAUUGUGAAGAUUUUUUAUUAUAUUCUUGAUUUUUUUGGCGUAUUUAAAUCAUUUUGGUGCUAAAUGUUUUAUCCAAAAUACACUAAUUGAAAUUGUUACAAAGAUAUAUGGAAAAAUUUUGUUUAAGCUUGCAGCAACUAUGUGACUUGCACUAUGAAUAAAAUAUGUGAAUGCUUGAAUGAUCAAUUAUAACUGUAAGCAUUGGAAUAGAGUUAUUUAUUAGCAUGUAGAUAAAACCAAAACUCUGCCGAUUCAACUAUUCACACCAAACAAAACAAAUAACUAAUUAAUGUAUAAGCACAAACAAACAACAAAUGGAAAUUGUUCAGCUAUUUACUUUUGCACCAAAACCAGAUAAACAUGUAUUUAAAUAUAAGUAUCAUUUGUAACUAUUUAAGUUAAUUUCUAGUCAACGAACUACACUGAAGUUUAUAGAAAAUUUCACUCAAAGCCUAAACUAAACUAAAACCCUAAACAACAACAAAAAAAAAAACAAACGAAAAAAAACAAAACUAUAAUAUAAUUAACGCACGCUAUGCAAUUUUAAAGAAAA